AUGGAGACAACAUACACAGACAAAGGUGAAAAGCAUGAGCAAGGCAGGUUCCUCUGCUUUGAUCACUUAACAUUCUGGGUUGGAAAUGCAAAGCAGGCUGCAUCUUAUUACUGUAACAAGCUGGGAUUUGAGCCGCUGGCUUACCAAGGUUUGGAGACAGGCAGUCGUGAAGUGGUGUCCCAUGCAGUCAAACAAGGAAAGAUCAUUUAUGUGUUCUCAUCUGCCCUCAAUCCUGGAAACAAAGAGAUGGGAGAACAUCUGGUGAAACAUGGGGACGGAGUGAAGGAUGUAGCAUUUACUGUGGAGGAUUGUGACUUUCUGGUUGAGAAAGCCCGUGAGCGAGGUGCAAUUAUUGUAAAGGAGCCCCACACUCUGGAGGACAAGUAUGGUAAAGUCAGGCUGGCUGUGCUUCAAACGUAUGGUGACACCACACACACAUUGGUGGAGAGGUCAGGAUACAGUGGACUGUUCCUCCCUGGUUUCCUUGCCCCUCUGUUCAAGGACCCUUUACUAGCCAAACUGCCAAGUGGAAAAUUGAACUUUAUUGAUCAUGUUGUGGGAAACCAACCAGAUGAAGAGAUGGUUCCAGUGGUGGAUUGGUAUCAGAGGAACCUUCUCUUUCAUCGCUUCUGGUCAGUGGAUGACAAGCAGCUUCAGACAGAAUUCAGUGCCCUACGCUCCAUUGUGGUGGCAAACUAUGAGGAGACGGUGAAGAUGCCCAUCAACGAGCCUGCCAUGGGGAAGAGAAAGUCCCAGAUCCAGGAGUACGUGGAGUACUACGGAGGUGCAGGAGUGCAGCACAUUGCCAUGAAUACAUCAGAUAUCAUUACUGCAAUCCGCAACCUAAAGGAGCGUGGGAUGGAGUUUAUGUCGGUGCCCGACACCUACUACAGCCAGCUGAGGGAGAACUUGAAGCACUCAAAGGUUAAAGUCUCAGAGGACCUGGACGUCCUGCAGGAACUGAAGAUCUUGGUGGACUACGAUGACAACGGUUACUUGCUUCAGAUCUUCACCAAGCCGGUUCAGGAUCGUCCCACUGUGUUCUUGGAAGUUAUUCAGAGACACAAUCACCAGGGGUUUGGUGCAGGGAACUUCAAGUCUCUUUUUGAAGCUAUUGAAGCAGACCAGCAUGCCAGAGGAAAUCUGACUGUCCUGACACCAAAUGGCAUUUCAAAAAACAUGUGAAGCCAGUGUUAUUUCACUUUAUAGCUCUGAUAACUCUCAAUAACCAUCAAUUUAUUCUGAAAAGUACACUGUUUGUUUAGGGUUCUGUCUAUCUGUUCGUUUUAUGCUGAUAAUAUUCUACAGCAAUGCUCUGAUAUUGUAAAAAAUAUAAUGAAAGUCUGUGUAGUCCAUCCAUCCAUCCAUCCAUUAUCUAUACACCACUUAAU